AAUAAUAAUCAACCUAUUUGUUUUGCUGGCGCAUUUUAUUUGUUUUAUUCCUCUUCAUUCUCCGAAAUUUAUAUUAUUUAAAAAAUAAAGAAAAUAGAAGAGAGUGCAAUUAAAACCAAAGAGUUUUUGUUCGUCACUGUACAACUUAUCGAGUAGAUCAGCUGUUUUCUUAACUACACUUAAGCCACUUUUUCCUGAAAGAAAUAUUGUACGCAUUUUAAAUAGAGAUGCGAGAAAGUGCUAUUAGAAGAAACAAAAUUUCUUUGAAGAGAAAUUUAAGAUUUCUGUGAGGCUUUUUCUCUUAUUAGAAAUCUAGUUAUCUAAUAAUCUGACAAAUGUGUACAUGAGUUCUAACCUGGUCCUCUUAUAUAUGCUAGAUAACUUUUUCAAGUUAAAAGCAUUCUAUAAAAAAAAAACUUUACUUACAUCUAAACUUAGAAUUAAUUAAAUAUGUCACAUCGUGAUAACGAUAGCAUGCAUAACUUAUUAGAGGAGAAGAGCAUUGAUCUGGAAAAUUGUAGAAAAUUAGUCAGAUCGUACAUCGAUUUGCAUCUGUAUAGUGCCGCCUUAUUUUGGGCUGAUAAAGUAGUGUCACUGAGUAAUGAGGAUCCAAAAGAUAUAUGUACUCUGGCGCAAUGUAUGUAUCUCAUGAAACAAUACCAUCGUGCUGCUCAUCUCAUAAAGAGAUAUGGAUUAGAGAAGACUGAUGUAAUGUGUCACUACUUGACUGUGAGGUGUUUACUAGAAGCAAAGGAAUAUAAUGAUGCUCUUCAAGUUAUCAACGAAUCUGAAAUAUGCACCAAUAUAACUCAAGCAGGUAUUACAUUUGCAGAUCGUAUGGACAUUUUUCAGGAUGCCCCCAAAAAUGUCCAGAGUUCGAUAUUAUAUGUAAAAGGAAGAGUUUAUGAAGCAAUGGAUAAUAGAGCAGUAGCAACAGAGUGCUAUAAACAAGCUCUACAAUGUGAUGUUUAUUCGUAUGAAGCAUUUGAAGCUUUAGUGCAAAAUCAGAUGCUUUCAGCCUCCGAAGAGCGAGAACUCUUGGAAUCUUUACCAUUUGCUGAACAAUGCAUGAAAGGUGAAGCAGAACUUCUACAAUUGUUGUACGAUAGUAAACUAAAAAAAUAUCAAGAACCAAAUACAAAGCAAUCAUUAAUUACAUGUAAUGUGAUGGGAAUUUGUGUCACUGACAGACUAGCAGAUAAUUUAGAUAUGCAAGUUGCAAAGGCUGAAAGAUUAUAUUAUAACUGUGAUUAUUAUCAAUGUUUCUCACUUACAGAGAAAAUUUUGAAAAAGGAUCCAUAUCACAAUGCGUGUCUUCCAGUACACAUUGCUUGCUUAGUUGAGCUGAAAAAGACUAAUGCUUUGUUUUAUCUGGCACACAGAUUGGUUGAUUUAUAUCCAGAGAUGGCUUUGGCAUGGUUUGCAGUUGGAUGUUAUUAUUAUACUAUAGGCAAAAGCGACCAAGCAAGGAGAUACUUAGCGAAGGCUACAGCACUGGAUAGACUAUUUGGUCCUGCUUGGUUGGCAUAUGGACAUUCCUUUGCAGUAGAAAAUGAACAUGAUCAAGCAAUGGCUGCAUAUUUUAAAGCAUCACAAUUAAUGAAAGGUUGUCAUCUUCCUCUUCUGUAUAUUGGAUUAGAGUGUGGUUUAACCAAUAAUUUAAAACUGGCUGACAAGUUUUUUCUACAAGCUCAAGGAAUAGCACCAAAUGAUCCAUUUGUGAUACAUGAAAUGGGCGUUAUAUGCUUUUAUAAUUUAGAUUACAAAAAUGCCGAGCGAUUAUUUAAGGAAGCCAUGAAAAGCAUUCAAGGCGACGUAAGAAAUGUGAUUUUGCCCAGUAAAUGGGAAGCACUACUGAAUAACUUAGGACACACUUGUAGAAAAAUGAAAAAAUAUGUUGAAGCAUUAGAAUAUCAUCAACAGGCGUUAGUCUUGGAUCCAUUAAACCCAUCAACUUAUUCAUCGAUUGGUUUUAUUCACGCGUUAAUGGGUAACAUCCAGGAAGCAGUGGAUGCUUUUCAUAGAGCGCUCGGUCUCAGAAGGGACGACACAUUUACCGCAACUAUGUUGGGUUACGUAAUGGAACAAUUGAUUGAUGAGGCACCACCGUAUCCUGAUGCGCCUACGGAAAUACCAAAAUACAAAUCUGAAGAUAGCGAAGUCAGACUGGAAAAUUCCAGUAAUGUGGGCAAUAAUUCAAGCAGUCAAGAUAUCGAUAAAUUAAGAGUGAUUCUGUUCCCUAAUAGCUGGGGAGAAAAUUCCGGUAAAAUCGGAAAGAUUCAGGAAGAUGGUACGUCCGGUAAAUUAGAACGGCAAACACGAGACGUCGUUAAUUAUUCAACCGGCGAUAGCUCUGAGGUCGAAAUGUUAGAUUCAUCUACUGCGCAUAUAGAAUAUAAUUAAAUCUGUCAAUGCAUAAAGCAAAUAAUAAUAAGCUUCGCUUAAAGCAUAUUUAUUUUCCGCACUAUGUAAUACUCGGCGUAUUAAAAUGAUGAUGUAAAUAAUGUAUAUACAUUUUUUAUAUACUCUAGUUUUGAUACAAAAUAGUUUUGAUCUUACAAAAUUAUACGUGAAUUUUUCUUGCGGCAAGAUACAUUUUAUUUCGUUGAUAUUGUAUCAAACAUGUGUUAGCUUGAAAUAAAGGAUACGGAGACAAUUCUAUAAAAGUUAA